GUGUGUGUGUGUGUGUGUGUGUGUGUGUGUGUGUGUGUGUGUGUGUGUGUGUGUGUGUGUGUGUGUGUGUGUGUGUGUGUGUGUGUGUGUGUGUGUGUGUGUGUGUGUGUUUUAAAUAGACUCACGUAACUGUGUACAUGUCCUACAGACGGAGUAAUAAAGAACCUCAAUCAGGAAGUAACACGUAUCAUAUUUAGGUAUGUAAGUUUAUCUGAAGGCAGGUAUUGAAAUAGCACUUCAUAUAUAUUUUUGUUAUUGAACUGAAAUAAAUGUACGUACAUUCAAUUGGUGAGUUAAGAAAUAAAAUUGUUUGUGUAACUUUUAGAGAAAAUGUAUAUGUUUAAGAAACAACAAAAACAUAUAAAACUUUUGAAAUAAGAUGACAGAUACCACAGAUAUAAAUAUCGAUUACUUAACACCGAUUAGUGAACAAAGUGACAGAAGCGCGUCUCGUCAUAAUAAUGGAUAUCCUAGGGCACAUUCGCCUUUGGCCAAUGGUUAUGCUAAAGGGAAAAGGAUACGGGGACAUUUGGUAAAUGGCGCCGCUAAGAAUGAUAUACAAGUAUCACGUGAAAAUUUGGCCGACGGCGAUGAUAAAAUGUCAAGGACACGCCAUCAGCUGAUGAAUGGCCAUGUCAGGAGUAAAAGCUUACCAGUUCAUUCUGCCAACACUGGCUUAAGGAGUGAACGUUUACAAGCGCCUCUUACCAACGAUGUCCCUAGGACUGAAACAUCACAUGCACGUAACGUCGACGGCCGUCCAGGAGGGACGAACGUACAGACGGAUAGAGGGGCGGUUGUUAAUGGGUAUCAAGGUCUGAUUAGAGAUAAUCCACCCGAACAAGACAAUCAACCGGACAAUAAUGACGAGAGCCAUUAUACAGAUGGUGGUAUUCCGGAAGGCGAUACUCGUGGUCUGGAGGAGUUUCAGAUGAAACUCAAAAGAUCUGUGUCAAACCACAGCAUAACAUAUCAAGAGGACGAUGUCUAUUGCGAGUUGUACGAUGAAAUAGGUGACACAGACCUGGACAUCCCAAGUACACCUAACAAUAGUACACCAAGCAAAAGUACACCUACCAAGAACAGAUGCUACUUGAUUGCCUUGGCCAGUGUCAUUGUCACCAUGGUACUGGCGGGAGCGACAUUUGCAGUCGUGUUCUUCUUAGACAUCAAGUCUUCAAAGGCUCCAGUUGAUUUUGAGGAAGCAGACAUCACAUUUAAUAUCGGGGAGCCAGGAAAUCUCACGUUUGAGAUGGCAAAUCUGACAGACUGGGCAGAGCUUUACAUCUCCAGAGAAUUCACAGUACCAGUCGCAUCGGCCAAUAGAACAAGUCCCAAUGUGGAGACGCACGGACACAUUUCCGCUCUCAAUACGACAGAACUCUCCAACCAUUCUGUAAGGAUAGAUCUUCUAUUUAAUCCAGUCUCUUGCAACGAUUCUGCCGGAAAAGCGGGGAUUGUCAAAUACGUCUUCUCAAUUAAAAUGUCUGAUUCGUCGUGGAUCAAUGUAACGAAAAGAAUUCGUUUCCAACGACUUCCGGGAGUUCCAAAGCUGACUAUGUCAAGAGAGGUAAUAAACAAUAAGGUCACGCGAGCUGACCUCCCCUACGUUUGCGAGGGCGAAAUAGGCGAUCCGCGUGGACGGCUUAUCAUAGAAAGCGACUUCGAUGGCGAGUUUCAAGCUCUCUUCACGGAAGACACCACAAACAACUCAAUAGGGAUUAUUUUUGGUGACAAACUGACUACGGAAUCUUGUGAAAACUAUCAGACAUUGAAUUUUUCCUUCCACAAGCCCAAUAUGUCAGUGAACUUCAAGCGGCUUCGUUGUUCGAUAAAACCGUCGUCGAACAUUUUGAACAGCGAUGUUAAAUCAUCCGGUGAAGGGAUCAUAAAGGUGGUACCAGAUGACUGGUGCAAGUUCGCAACCAGCGAUACUCCGCUUAUCGGCCAUCCGUAUGCCUGCCAUCUCGGGGUAAGCUGCAGUACAAAUGGGAUAGUCUUAGGCGUCCCAAUGGACUGCAGAGAGGGCCAAUGUCUCAGAACUCUGAAUAGGGCUUACGGAUGUGACUCGUGCAUUUGUACUAAAGGAGGGCAAUUGCCGACGUCGACGAUCACCACGGUGCCGCCAAAUGGGAAAUAAGCUGGACUACAAUUAUGCCUCCUUGUAGUUGUAUUUGCUCACUUAAAAUUACACUUGCCAUUGUCAUGUUUGAUCAUUGAUUGUGAUUGUUUUAGUAGUGUGUCUUUAAGACCUGUUCAUAAUGCCGUUUUCGAUAUGUGCGCAUACAUUUGCACUAGCCUUCCAUUCGUGUUUUUAUAUUCGCAUAUUUUUCUCAUUCAGUUUGUUUUUGAUAUUGUGAUUGCCGACUUUGACCCAGAGUUUAAAAAAAUCACACCACUCUUUGAUCAAUUAAACAACGACUUACAAAACGAUUUAAUAUAGUGGCAAAUAUUGCCAUCGAUAAAAUGAAAUGGUCAUGAUGAUUUUUAGAAGUAGUUUCAUUUCAACUUCACCGAACAAGAUAUAUCUUUGAAAAAUAUAUUCGGCGUAUACCCUGACUUUGAAAUAAAGGUAGAAAAUUUACUUUUUUAAGUCAUGGUUGUUUCUUUUUUUCACUUAAUAGUCGCAUAUCCACUUCAUGAAAUGUUUGUCACCAAGAGCACGUAUAUAAAACUACAUAAUAGUGUUGGUAUAUUUAAGUAUGUCGUUUUAAAUUUGGUUGCGUGAACUCUCUCGUUUAAAAGAGAAUUUACUUUUGUCAGCGUAUCCAAGUCUUGGCGUAAGACUGCAGUCUCGCCUUGUGGCCUCUCAUCUUUUCUAAUUCUUGUCUCAACAGAUCUUUGUCGUUUUUUCAAGACAAUCCUUUAUGAUUAACUGCAUGUUCCAUUUCAUUGCGAUUUGCGAACAAAAUACCUCAUAAUUUAGCCGAAUUUCAUUCAUUUACAAUGCCUAAAAGUAGGAUU